UGUAUGGAGAAAUUGAAGGUACUGAACUGAACUCCAUAUUGAAACAAAGUUGUCAACUAGAAUCUUACCCUUUUACUUCUUUAUUUUAAUAUUUUAUUUCAUAUGCACCGAUGUUUUCAAGAUAUUAGCUUUAGAAUAGGGGCUAUUUUACUUAAUUUUCCUGCGGUGAGUGGCAAAAUAUAAAUAAUAUUUUCUAUAUUUAAACUUCCUUGAGCUAUUAUACAUAGCCAACAUUAUAAACGUCUGUUUUUCUUUAUUUACGGAACAAAUGGACAUGUCUUCCUCGAUAAUCACGCAAGUAACGAGGGAUGAAGAAGAUAACUAUAGUCUGCGCGACGAAGCCCUGUCUCCCCAUCCCCAUACCCCUGAACCAGCCCUACUCCCAACUGAAGAAGGAUGUGAGCAGCAUUGUGUUGAAUGACAUAUCAGUUGGCAUAAUUGCAGAUACCCCAUGCCCAUGUCGUUUCCUCGAAGAAGUGCCGCAGUCGUGGCAUUUUGAAAGUCUCUUCUGCUGCCUCUGUCACAAAGAAAUAGAGCAAAUCCCAGUCAACAACAAUGCCCCCUUAUUGGUGGAAGAAAAUGGGACCAUUUCAAAAGUCCCGGAAAAACCUCUGCUACCUCAAAUCAAGUCAAAAGACUCAGGGAAGAUCUGUGUUGUGAUUGAUUUGGAUGAAACAUUAGUGCACAGUUCAUUCAAGCCUGUGAACAAUGCUGAUUUUAUCAUUCCAGUGGAAAUUGAUGGAACAGUUCACCAGGUGUACGUGUUGAAGCGACCCAAUGUGGAUGAGUAUCUCAAAAGAAUGGGGGAGUUGUUUGAGUGUGUUCUGUUCACUGCCAGUUUAUCCAAGUAUGCCGAUCCAGUCUCCGACCUGCUGGAUAAAUGGGGUGCAUUCCGACACCGCCUCUUCCGGGAGUCCUGCGUGUUCCACCAAGGAAACUAUGUUAAAGACCUGAGUCGGCUGGGCAGGGACCUCAACAAAGUCAUCAUUGUAGACAACUCCCCAGCCUCCUACAUCUUCCACCCUGAUAAUGCUGUCCCCGUAACAUCCUGGUUUGAAGAAAUGGCCGACACAGAGCUACUAGAUCUCAUCCCAUUCUUCGAGAGACUAAGCCAAGUGGGAGAUGUCUACGAUAUUCUCAAGCAGCAGGGCAUUGCAAGCUAGUGCGUAAUUAGACACUGGCGGCAACUUUUCACCACAUGGGGGCCAUGGAAGAAGUUGGUGGGCAACAGGAUUCAAGUUUCUUCCCACUAGAAGGACCUGCUAGUGUCUCUCGGUCAUUGUCGUUCUCCAAAUUCCAUUCACACAAAACGUGAUGGAGAGGCCACUCAGUUUGGCACAGAGACGGAACAAUGAGGAACUGCUUUAUGGCAAACAUUGAAAAGAAUGGUAUCAGUUAUUUUUUCACAUUUGAUGUGGUAAUCACCUCUUGGUUAUGACUUUUCACCCUGAAGACAAGGUUAAGCGAAGCCCUUUUUCAUGGAACGGUGAUCAUUUAAGCAGGCGAUAAUGUCCUUUUCGCAAACUAUUUGGUGAAUACGAUAUACAAAACAAAGGGGUUUCAUCUUGAGAUCAAGAUAACUCAACCCAUUCCCACGUUUUAAUAUAUUUUAACCAAAGUAAGUAAGGGCCUAAGUAAGGGCAUACUUAACAACAAUCAUUCAAAGAUUAUUGUUUCCUAAAAUAUCCUGCUGUACCACAAGUAUAAUGUUUUAAAAAAUGUCAUCCCCUUUUAACUGAACAUUAUAUCAUGUGUUUUUUGCAACAUGAGAUACUAUUUUUGGAAAUGAUUCAAGGAUGUCAAGGAUGUAUGAUUAUGACAAAGGAUGGACUAUGUAGCAACACAGAAAGCAUGCAUUCAGACGAAGAGGUUUGAGUUUGGUCAGUGUUAGUAAUCUGUCUGUUAGUAAUCAUGUAUAAAAUACUGGAAUCACAUCAGUCAAGGAUUAUGAUGACCCAUUUAUCCAUUAUAUCAGAUAAGUGUUUACACUCCGUUUGAAAUAUAUUACACGCACAAAAUAUCUUAAUCAUAAUUUCGUCAAUCAUUCACUUAGGUACAUUAUCAACUGAAGGGUGUAUUGUCCUAUGUCCUGGAGCCUUUUCAGGAGGAUGUAACAUUACAGAACGUUCAGAUAUCAAUGUAUCACGUGGAACAGAAACUUUUUUCUGUCAGAUAGAAUAUUCAUUAUAUUUCUAUCUGCACCAUUCAGCGAGUCCCACCUCCCUGAAUACACCUCUGAAUAGGCAAUAGCCUACAUGUACAGUGCAUACGGAAAGUAUUCAGACUCCUUGACUUUUUCCACAUUUUGUUACGUUACUGCCUUAUUCUAUAAUUGAUUCAUUUUGAUUUUUCAAAAUCCUCAACAAUCCACACACAAUACCGCAUAAUGACAAAGCAAAUACAGUUUUUUUUACAUUUUUGGAAAUGUAUUAAAAAUAAAUAACAGAAGUACCUUAUUUACAUAUUUAUUCAGACCCUUUUCUAUGAGACUCGAAAUUGAGCUCAGAUGCCAGGGCCUUGGUCAGGGAGUUAACCAAGAACCCAAUGGUCACUCUGACAGAGCUCCAGUUCCUCUGUGGAGAUGGGAGAAUCUUCCAGAAGGACAACCAUCUCUGCAGCACUCCACCAAUUAAGCUUUCAUGGUAGAGUGGCCAGAUGGAAGCCACUCUGCAGUAAAAGGCACAUGACAGCGGGCUUGGAGUUUGCACACACUCUAGCAGGGAUUUUGGCCCACUCCUCUACACAGACCUUCUCCAGAUCCUUCAGGUGUCGGGGCUGUCGCUGGGCAAUACGGACGUUCAGCUCCCUCCAAAGAUUUUCUAUUGUGUUUCGGGUCGUUGUCAUGCUGGAAGACCCAGCCACGACCCAACUUCAAUGCUCUUACUGAGGGAAGGAGGUUGUUGGCCAAGAUCUCGCGAUACAUGUCCCCAUCCAUCCUCCCCUCAAUAUGGUGCAGUCGUCCUGUCCCCUUUGUAGAAAAGCAUCCCCAAAGAAUGAUGUUUCCACCUCCAUGCUUCACAUUUGGGAUGGUGUUCUUGGGGUUGUACUCGUCAUUCUUCUUCCUCCAAACAUGGCGAGUGGAGUUUAGACCAAAAAGCUCUAUUUUUGUCUCAUCAGACCACAUGACCUUCUCCCAUUCCUCCUCUGGAUCAUCCACAUGGUCAUUGGCAAACUUCAGACGGGCCUGGACAUGCGCUGGCUUGAGCAGGGGGACCUUGCGUGCGAUGCAGCAUUUUAAUCCAUGACGGCGUAGUGUGUUACUAAUGGUUUUCUUUGAGACUGUGGUCCCAGCUCUCUUCAGGUCAUUGACCAGGUCCUGCCGUGUAGUUCUUGGCUGAUCCCUCACCUUCCUCAUGAUCAUUGAUGCCCCACGAGGUGAGAUCUUGCAUGGAGCCCCAGACCGAGGGUGAUUGACCAUCAUCUUGAACUUCUUCCAUAUUCUAAUAAUUGCGCCAACAGUUGCAGCUUGGUGAGAAGGCAACUUGCCUAUUGUCCUGUAGCCCAUCCCAGCUUUGUGCAGGUCUACAAUUUUAUCCCUGAUGUCCUUACACAGCUCUCUGGUCUUGGCCAUUGUGGAGAGGUUGGAGUCUGUUUGAUUGAGUGUGUGGACAGGUGUCUUUUAUACAGGUAACGAGUUCAAACAGGUGCACUUAAUACAGGUAAUGAGUGAAGAACAGGAGGGCUUCUUAAAGAAAAACUAACAGGUCUGUGAGAGCCGGAAUUCUUACUGGUUGAUCAAAUACUUAUGUCAUGCAAUAAAAUGCAAAUGAUUUACUUAAAAAUCAUACAAUGUGAUUUUCUGGAUUUUUGUUUUAGAUUCCGUCUCUCACAGUUGAAGUGUACCUAUGAUAAAAAAUGACCUCUACAUGCUUUGUAAGUAGGAAAACCUGUAAAAUCAGCAGUGUGUUAAAUACUUGUUUUCCCCACUGUAGUUGUUUGAAAACUUUUUUAAACAAUGUUUAUUUUACCUAUGUUAAAGAUGUCAUGUUUUAUUUCGUAGAUUAAUUGAUAUUGCAAACUUUUAAUAAUUCUAGUACGGUGUCCAGGUUGGGAAAUGGUUUGUAAUCCAUAUGCUGGAGUUGUAUGUGUGGAAUUUGGUUUUAACAAGCAAAAUGUAUGCUUCUGUUCUUUUAAGUACUUCAACUAGACUUUUUUAUAUGCAAUAUCAUAUUGCAAGUCUAAUGUGGGGCUCAUUUAACCUGUACAGUCAGUUGAGUGGGUUGCCUUUUCAUAGCUCCUUGUAAUCAUGCCUUGUAACGAUCUUAAUUUUCUUCAUGACACUUCCUGAUGUGUUUGCUUGUGCAUGUACGUGACUACGUCUCUGUGCAUGCGGAUCUGCGUUACCUUAAAAAUACAAUUCAGCAAUAAUUUGACAAGAUCUAUGUCUUUAAAUACAAAGAUUAUUUUAAUGACUAUAAUCAUUUGCUGUUAGUUUUUUUACUGCAUGCAACAAGAGCGUUAACAUCCAUGUACUGUAAAGAAACUGAAACUGCUAAUUAAUUAUAAGAAAGAACUAUAAAACGAUUUGUACUUUCCCACAAUAAAGCAUGAUUUGUCAAAA